AUGGCGCUCACCAAUCUCUUGACCUUUGCAAGCCUCGUCUCCCCUUUCGCUCCGACUCUCGCCCCUCCGCCUCCCAGUGCCAGCUUCACAACUCAAGUCAAGACCGACAGCGUCGCUGUGGAGUCAGCCUGGCCUACCCAUGCGUUGACUGGUAUCAACACUCCUGCGGAGCCGCCAUGGAGUGUCCUUUCCAUGACCGGGCCUCCUAUCACGGACUCGUUCAGCUCAAUCUUGUCUGUCGACCUGACUACUACCAUUGAAUCAGACACUUCUUUGGUCACUGCCACGGCAACCACUGCUCUUCUGGUCUCGUCUGCUUCAUCUACCUGGACUCCAGGAGCAUCGGUCUCGAGUGAAUCUAUCAAAUCGGUCACUGCUACGGCACCUACUUCUCUUCCGGUUUCGUCUUCUUCAUCUGCCUGGACUCCAGGAGCAUCGGUCUCGAGUGAACCUACUAAAUCGGUCACUGCGGUCACAUCUUUCACUGUCUCUUCAACUGCAACUACCAAGACUACCCCGACUACCAUGGAGACCGCUCUGACUACUACCAAACCUGCUCCGACUACUACCAAGACUACUCCAGCUACUGGUUCUUCCACCAUUUCUCCUCCUCCAAGCCCGACCAAAUCUGCAGCUGCAGCGCACAAAGCCAAAGCUCGAAUGAUCAAACUUCUAUCAAUCAUCAUCCCAACCGCGUUCAUCUUCGUGGUCAUCCUUGCCGCGCUCGGAUACUGGUUGAGAAGCCGUCGCAGAGAGCGAAAGCGAGCAGACGAGCUGGCCAGAAAAGCCGACUGGUUCGACCAAGCAUACAUCGACAACAUCAAGAGACAAUUCGCAAGCCUUGACCCCACCAAAACCGGUGUCCUCGGCCCAGACAGUCCAAUCAACGGCCCAGUCGACGGAGAAGGAGUGCUUACCGUACGAAAGAGACGGACAGCCAACACCACACCCAUCACGACCCCUCGAAGAAGUCUCGUCCGCACAGCUUCACAGGCAAUGAAACGUUACGGCGUCUUCAUCAAUCCUCUGGCAAUGAACCCGGCCGGACCCAGCCAGGAAGAUCUGAACGCGGCCUCGUACGAGCUCUCGUCGUCCAUUGGUGGUGGUUCUUCGUCUUCGUCUUUGGCUUCGUCUGUGGCUUAUAGCGGCAACAAUUCUCCCACCGGCACCGUGAUUGUGUCUCGUGCGCCUGCCCCUUUCUUCCUCUCCGCCAACCCUCUGGAGGACGUUUUCGUCAGCGACUCCCCGACCUCCCGGGCUCUGCCAGCCUGGGUUUACGGCACCGAGGAGGAGGCGCUGCCACGCCUGCCAUCGCCCGUCACGACGUACUACAGUACGUCGUCGGACACCGCUGAGGCCAACCAGGAGAGAGGCAUUUAG